AUGGCUAUCGUAGUUCAUUCCCCUACAACCCCAUCGGGUCUCAUGGAAACUCUCGCUUUGUCACCUAUCAAGUCCGCCGUUCCUACUAUCACACUCUUUCCACCUACCCCAGACCGACCUCCUUCUCCAAUCAAGAUUGAUCUGCCUCCUCCGAAAUCUGUACCUCAUCGUCCUCUGGCUUCUAACGAAGCUCGUCAACUGACUUUGCUAUUGACCCAGCAUCUCUGGCCUAUACGUACUUCGUCAAAAGGUAUGAUGAGGGAAUCCAUUGCUCUCGCUGAAAAACUGCACGAAGCAGGGGUAAGGUGGGAUAAACAUCGUAGAGUUAUGGGAAUGCAUCUUCGUGGAAUAUGGGAAGAAGGUCAAAGAUUGGGGAAUGCUCGUAUGCCAGGUGGAAUGAGUCCAAUGGAGCCAAUUCCCAUCGAAGUUCAUCCAGGUCAAUUUGCCGCUUUACCCAAAUUGACACUUCAAGCAGGUAUCGGUCUAACUGGUCAAUUUCAUAAUUCUUCAGAGACCGAAUCGAGAAAUAUAGAAAUAAUCCCACAAACACCAUUGACUGCCGCUACAGUGAUGACUACCCUCAUGCCUAGUCCAGUACCCAAGAAAGAACGUCGUAGGUGGAAAGAUAAGAAGAAAGAAGGUUUGAAAAUCAAAGUUGACUCUCACAGAAAGCCUCGUGUAGGCGCCGUGGCUAUACAACAGCCUUUCACUGCAGCCUCGGUGUCAGGGUUCGGACAUUUAAAACGGUUUGCAAAGUUGAAACUACGGAUGAAAUUGAGGAAAACGGUGUAUGGUUUGCCAAAAUCGGCAAGGAGGCCACGCCCAACGGAUGCUGGACGUCUGGGUACUUGUCUGCAUCCUGAUAUAGUUGAUUGCCAAAACAGGCCUGUCCGUCGACAGGGGUAUAUCACCUCCCGUACUUCGCUUCGGGCAUCAUGA